AUGCUACUUCCCUUAAAGAAAGAGAUAGAUAAUUACUAUAUCUUCUCGAAGGUCGAGAGGACUAGAAGCGUUAAGUCCACAAUCUACGCUAGCGUCUAUAAGAUAAACGGCGGAAAGAAACACGCCGCGAUUUUAGUCGGAAAUAGGCGUGGGGCUAUCAAUAAUAAGCCUACGCGCGAGAAGACGAGUGGACGCGGCGUAAUAAAGCUAUUACGGCUAGAAUACAAUAUUACAGCUUUUAGGAGGGUGGGCCCCUUAGGGGACGACCUGAAUACGUCGUGGGAGAAGGGAUAUACCUCUAGCGGGAAAUAUAUCCCGAAUGCAGAGCAAAUAUUCGUAUGCUUCCAAUGCCCCAAGACAUACUCCGACUAUAAUGGAGUGAAAAGGCAUUUUAGGACAUCACAUCUGACGGACCGAAAAUGUAAUUUUUGCGAUUUGUCCGUCCUACACGAGAUGCACUUGCGGCGGCAUGCUUCUGACGCUCAUGGUCUUCGAAUAUGA